UUUAAAAUCAACCUUCGCUUAUGUCCCUGUGUGGCUCUUUGUCACAUCUAUGACGAGCGAAGAAGACGACGUCGACGGAGAAGGAAUAUAAGGAGGCUUUUUCUUUGCUCUCUUAGUAAUUCGUUCAUUAGAAAUCUCAAUAAUCGCAAGCGAAGUAUCCUUUCCAUUUCCUAGAUCCUCUCUAUUCCAUCCCGGAUCGAUCGGUUUGAAUUUCGGUUGCUUCCAUCCUCAAUGUUGGUGGCUCUAUUUGGUUUCUGAGAAUUCGAAGGUUACAGUUCAAUUCGAAGUUAGAGUUUCUGGCUAAGAAUCAAGUUUUGCAUAGAAUCUUCAGAUCGAAUUACACCGGAAGUUGUUCAUUAUUGAGGUAAAGGAAUUGAAGAAGACUUCAAUUCUUUCUAAGCGUAUGUUUUAGGGUUUCGAGGUGGAGGAUUCUGGAAUUACAUUGCAGUUCGUAGGUCUGCAUUCUGAGGAGGGGGAAUCGGUUUAAUUUCACGAAAACGAGGGUUUCUCAUUCGAUUGGGUGCCAAACUGCAGUGUAUGAUGGCAGAUUAAUAAUGGUGCGGCUUCUGGGAUUGAAUCGUGGGCAAUUGGAUGACUCGCCUCGUGAGAUUACACGUACCAAUCCGACUAGUGAGAGUGGGGAGAAUGGUUGGCUCAUACGGUUCUUUGACUCGGCAUUCUUCUGUGAGUGGAUUGCAGUCAGUUACCUCUACAAGCAUGAUCACCCAGGCGUCCGGGAUUACCUUUGUAACCGCAUGUACACUCUUCCUUUGUCGGGCAUUGAGAGCUAUCUCUUCCAGAUUUGCUACAUGCUGCUUAAUAAGCCAAGCCCAUCAUUGGAUAAGUUCGUCAUCGAUAUUUGUUCCAAGUCUCUACAGAUUGCACUGAAGGUCCAUUGGUUCUUAAUGGCUGAACUUGAGGACUCGGAUGAAAAUGAGGGUAUUAGUAGGAUUCAGGAAAAAUGUCAGAUAGCAGCGACUCUGAUGGGCGAGUGGCCCCCCCUCAUACGUCCUCAGAACCCCUCAACAAGCCCUAUAAGCAAAAACCAAGUUCUGAACAAGCUUCUCUCGUCAAAACAACGGUUGUUGUCGUUUACUUCAUCACCUCCAACCCAACGAUCUUUCUCUUUCUCGCCUUCAUCAGCAAGCAACUCUUCGCAGGAAGAGGUUAGUAAACCCUCCCCUGACGAGAAUAAACUCUUCAAGAAAUUAAUCCCUGGGCCAAAAGUCCGGGAUGCCCUGCUUUUCAGGAAAUCGGUGGACAAGGACGAAGAAGAUUCAGAGAAGGAUGGGUUCUUUCGGAGACUUCUAAGAGACAGUAAAGAUGAGGAUGAGGAGCUGAUGUCGAGCUCUGAGGGGUUCUUUAAGAGGUUGUUUCGUGAUAGCAAAAAUGAUUCGGAGAAAACAGGUUCCAAGUCUGAAGAUGAUGAAAAAGAAGGGUUCUUCCGAAAGUUUUUUAAGGAGAAGUUUGAGGACAAGAAAGAUGGGAAUGAUAGAACUGGUGAUGAAGAUAAAGGGAAUACAGCCGAAGAAGAAGAGCAUUUGGAAUUUUCUUUAUUCCGCCGAUUAUUUCGUGUUCAUCCCGAAGAAGCUAAAGCUGAAGAUAAGGGGAAUACUGCCGAAGAAGAAGAGCAUUCUGAAUUUUCACUGUUCCGCAGAUUAUUUCGUGUUCAUCCGGAAGAAGCUAAAGUGGCAAUAACCAACGGAAAUGGUAAUUCUGGUGAUUCAAUUGAAAGUAGUCCAGGAACAGAGAAUUUUUUCCGGAAGCUCUUUUUGGACCGGGAUCGUUCUGUGGAAGAUUCAGAACUGUUUGGUUUGAAGAAACAUAAAGAGAAGCGUCCAGGCUCACCAAGGCAGCGUAACGAAAAAUUGCAUACAAGGCCUCCACUUCCCAAUAAUAUGACGGCCCAGAUUCGCAAAGGGACAUAUCAUGUUUCACUGGAAUUUGUUCAAUCACUGUGUGAGACUUCGUAUGGCUUGGUCGAUAUAUUUCCAAUUGAAGAUCGUAAAAGUGCCCUCCAUGAGUCACUUGCAGAAAUCAAUUCACUCCUAGCCGAUGCUCAAAAUAGCGGAGGAGUAUGCUUUCCAAUGGGAAAGGGGAUGUAUCGAGUGGUUAACAUACCUGAAGAUGAAGCUGUUCUUUUGAAUUCUAGGGAGAAGGCACCUUAUCUGAUAUGUGUGGAGGUUGUGAAGGGUGAUAGUCCAAGUCAUACAAAGGAGACAUCCACUGCUCAAAAGCUUUCUAGAGGAGGGAUUCCAUUAGCAAAUGGAGAUGCACAAUUGCCAAAGCCUCCUCCAUGGGCAUACCCUUUAUGGAGUGCACAAGAUAUGUAUCAUAAGGGUACUGAUAGGCUGUCAAGAUCUACUUCUCAAGCUAUUGACCAGGCAAUGGCUCAUUUGUGGGAGGCCAAAGUAAAAUUUGUUGAUUUGAGUCUUUCUGUAGAGAAGGAAUUGGUUAAGCAGUCGAGGGAUGCUAAAGUACCAGAAUCAGAGCAUGAUAAUGAUUUGGAAUGGGUAAGAGUUGUGUUGACAGCUGAUCCUGGGGUUAGCAUGGAUGACAUAGAGGACCAAGAGCCACCUCGUCGGAAAGACCACCGCCGUGUUCCAAGCACAAUUGCCAUAGAGGAAGUAAAGGCUGCAGCAGCAAAGGGGGAGGCACCCCUUGGGCUUCCUUUAAAAGGUUCAGGUCAAGAUUCUUCCGAUGCACAACCAAAAGUUACUGAUGGUGGUAUUCCCAAGGCAACUGAUGCCUUGUCUGGUGAACUUUGGGAAGUAAAGAAGGACAGGAUACGCAAAGCUUCAGUAUAUGGAAAAUUACCUGGUUGGGACUUGCAGUCUGUUAUUGUGAAAAGUGGUGAUGAUUGUAGGCAAGAGCAUCUUGCUGUGCAAUUAGUUUCUCACUUCUAUGAUAUAUUCCAAGAAGCUGGUCUCCCACUCUGGUUGCGCCCUUAUGAAAUCUUAGUUACUUCUUCUUACACUGCUUUAAUUGAAACAAUUCCAGAUACGGCCUCACUUCAUUCGAUCAAAAGUAGGUUUCCUACCAUCUCAAGCUUACGUGACUUUUUUGUGGCCAAAUAUCAGGAAAAUUCUCGAAGUUUUAAGCUUGCCCAGAGGAAUUUUGUUGAGAGUAUGGCAGGAUACUCUAUAUUGUGCUACCUUCUGCAGGUGAAGGAUCGGCACAAUGGAAAUCUCUUGAUGGACGAGGAAGGUCACAUUAUACAUAUAGAUUUUGGCUUUAUGCUUUCUAAUUCACCAGGGGGUGUAAACUUUGAGAGCGCACCAUUUAAGUUAACUCGUGAACUUCUUGAGGUGAUGGAUUCUGAUGCUGAGGGAGUUCCAAGCGAGUUCUUUGACUAUUUUAAAGUUUUGUGCAUUCAAGGUUUCCUUACAUGCCGUAAGCAUGCGGAGCGUAUCAUACUUCUGGUUGAAAUGUUGCAGGAUUCUGACUUCCCAUGCUUUAAAGGUGGUCCACGGACAAUACAGAACCUAAGAAAGAGAUUCCAUCUAAGUUUAACGGAAGAGCAAUGUGUGUCCUUGGUACUGUCCUUGAUCAGUAGCAGUUUAGAUGCAUGGCGGACUCGGCAAUAUGAUUACUAUCAGCGGGUCUUAAAUGGGAUAUUGUGAGGUUAUAACUAAAUGUUAAUUGCCCUUGCACCAUCCUCUACUUGAACAAGCCAGUCCAGUGGAGACUAAAGAAUAUUCGAAUCAAUGCUACAUUGUGUACCGGGGUGCUGAUGAGCUUUAAAGAUGGCACAUUGUGGGCUGGCCCAGAAGUUCCUUGAUAGAGAGGAUGUUAGUAGAACCAUCAGUUUGUGGUCCGUUAUUCUUGGGGGAGAAAGGUAUAAUUGUAUCGAUGGAUAACCAGUUGGAAGUUUACGCGACCAGGAACUGUGGGGUUUUAUCUUUUUGUUUCAUGUGGUAUGGAAUUCAAGUAGGCUUUAUGGUCUAUUGGCCUGCUUGUGUUUGAUAUCUGGCAAUUGAAAGGACAUAUACAGGCGUCACAUCUGCUGUUUUUGGUGUUGGAGAUGUACAGAAGGUGAUUCCAUUGGGGAUUACGGGUUGAGACUAGAAAUGGCUGUCUGUGAGGAGAAAUUCGUGUUGGCUGUUGAACUUGGCAGGGUUUCAGAUAUUCUUUUACUUUCAUAAAAAUGUUGUUUACUGAAGAGUCCAAGCUGGCAGAGGGAUCUAAGCAAUGAGAUUGUUGCGAAGAUUGUACGUCAGUCUUUUCUUUGACGUGGAUUGAUUCUUUGGCUGUACAUGGAGAUUCUGAGAACGGAAGUUGGCCAACCUUUUCUUUCGGCACAACAGUCGUUAAUGGAAAAUUGAUUACCUUUAUAAGAUUCAAUACAAUCAGCAGGAAAAUUUUCUGUAUUCGUCUGAAGAUGAUUGGAAAUGGCCUGGAGUCUGGUGUAUAAUAUUUUUGUUUUGGUUUAUUGUACAAGGUAUUUUGUUCAUUUGUCAUUCAUGUACGAGUUAUUAGAGUAGCUUGAUUGUUCCGACAUGGGGAUGGAAAAAAGGUACAGAAUAAGAAAACAACAUUGCAAUACGUCAUGUUGGCCCUUCU